AUGUCUGAGAGUCAGCAUUCUACUCAGGCUCAGGGCUCCCAAUUGAACCCACUUCACCUCUUCCAAAAUGGCUUUUCUGCUAGUCAACAAAGACACACUUCUGCUUCCUCUUCCUCCAGCGACGCCGCCAUGAAGCACAGAAGAGAUAAUCUUAAUCGCCCCAAAGCAUCAUCAUCUUCUUCGCGCAAUACCCAUACUUCCACCAGCACUAGCGCCGAGAAUCGCGCUGCGCAGAGAUAUGUCAGAACUCUUCCAUCUUGGAUAGACUCUUUCGAAGAGGGCGACAAUGCCAGUCCCACAGAUAGACUUAUUUCCUCUCCAUCCCGAGCCCACUCCGCUCAACAUCACCAUACUCCAACAAAACCACAUCGCAGAGUAUCGCACGAUGGAUGGGUUGAUAUUGAUGAUAUGCACGCGGCCCCGAAGCAAGAGACCGGAUUCUUCGGAGGCCAUAAGGAGCCUGUGAAGGGCAGAAAAUGGGACCACAAGAGGGACAGUGAGCCCGUCUUCAUGACGGGAGGCGACAAUCCUUAUAUCCCUACACCCUCAUCGCCAUGGGGAAUGUACAUCAAAUCCUCCAUGUAUGGGCCUUCACAAUCAGAGGAUGCCAAAAGGGUUGACGAGGCGUUCCUGCAAUCCCUGACACCUGGAUAUGAGAAGCCCUGGCGAGGAGAUUUGGAGGGUGGGGAUCCGGAGAAACUUUCUGGUUUACUACAUAGUAAGAAACGACGGAUGACGCUUCUCAAGCGGGCGCAGAACAUUCUUCUCAUGCAUCCAUUCGUCCCAUUAAUCUUCCGGGGCACUGUUUUCACCACAUCCGCGAUUGCCCUUGGCCUCUCUGGCUCAGUUUACGCUCUUUCCAAAAAAUACUCAUAUCCUCAAACUGCCUCCACAACAAUGGCCGUAGUUGUAGAUGUGGUUGCCAUUCCAUAUAUCUUGUACAUCACGUGGGACGAAUAUACCGGUAAGCCAUUAGGUCUUCGAUCUCCCAAAGCAAAGAUACGGCUCGUACUACUGGAUGUAUGGUUUAUAAUAUUUGAAUCUGCCAAUUUGGCCUUAGCGUUCGAGUCUCUUACAGAUGAUUCUGGGAGUUGCCAGCCAGGAGGGAAAAAUGGGUAUAAUUCUAUCAUCUGUCGUCGGGUUACGGGGCUGUGCGCCUUUGUAUUUGUGGCGUUGAUUGCAUGGGGUAUGACCUUUUCAGUGAGCAUAUUUAGGCUUGUUGAGCGGGUAGGCGGAAGGGAAGAGGGGGAUUAG